UCUGAGAACUGGAUCCCGCUGCCGCUUUACAGUGUGUGCGAUUGCUUGGAGCCGCGUCUGUAUCACACUGUCAAACCACUCCAAACGAACACAAUUGCAGCCAAUACAAUUUAUUUACCAUCUAGUACCAUGACAAUUUUUGUUAGUCGGUUUAAUCGAUCGAUAUUGUAAUUGUUUAUUUGAACUUAGUAGAGGGUGAAUCGGCUUGUUUUCUGUGUAGCUGUAUCAGUCUUUAUUAGCGAGCUGGCGCUCUUCUUUCUAUUAGCUAUUUCUUUAACUUUUUUAAACACUCAGCCUCGCGAAUGACUGAGCGCCGGCGGAGUAUGGGAUCCUUGGUGUCUUAGGAAGCGAAUGAGUGGGGUUUUAACCGUUUUUAAGGAUCUAAACGAUGGCAAAUUCGACGGGAAAAAAUCUACCUGAUCAGCGAAGGAAAGGACUGGCUUUCCUGGACGAGCUGCGGCAAUUUCACCAAAGCAGAGGAUCGCCGUUCAAGAAGAUCCCAAUCGUGGGUGGCAAAGAGCUGGAUCUUAAUGCUCUCUAUAUCAGAGUCGUUUCGUUAGGUGGAUUUGCUAAGGUGUCUGAUAAAAACCAGUGGUCUGAACUUGGCGAAGAGUUCAAUUUUCCAAGGAGUUGUUCCAAUGCUGCUUUUGUUUUAAAACAGUACUACCUUCGCUACUUAGAAAAGUAUGAGAAAGUCCACCACUUCGGUGAAGACGACGAAGAGGUCCAGCCGGGCAACCCCAAACCAUCUCUUCCAAUUGGUGCAAUACCCUGCUCUUACAACUACCAGCAACACUCUGUAUCAGACUAUCUCCGCCAAAGCUAUGGCCUGUCCACGGACUUUGUGGCGCCGUCCGACUACAACAAGCUGGUGCUGUCCCUGCUGUCGGGCCUGCCCAACGAGGUGGACUUUGCCAUCAACGUGUGCACGCUGCUGUCCAACGAGAGCAAGCACGCCAUGCAGCUGGAGAAGGAGCCCAAGCUGGUCACGCUGCUGCUGGCCCACACCGGCGUCUUCGACGACUCGUUAGGGAGCUUCUCUGCCGUGUUUGGGGUGGAUUGGAAGGAGAAGACAUCUCGGGACUUUAACAAGUUCUGGAAGGAUGUCAUAGAGGACUCAGAAGUACGAGAUCUCAUCUCGGACAACAGAAGCACCCCCUCACCAGACGUGGAGCAUGUGGAGGAGCGGCGGCGGCGGCGGCAGGAGGCUCUGUUCCACCCCGCGCGUGCCCCGGGGCUGGGCGACGCCGAGGGCCAGCGCGUCCUGCAGGUGGCGCUCAUCCUGCGCAACCUGUCCUUCGAGGAGGCCAACGUCAAGCUGCUGGCCACCAACCGCACCUGCCUGCGCUUCCUGCUGCUCUGCGCCCACUGCACCUUCGUCUCGCUGCGCCAGCUCGGCCUCGACACGCUGGGCAACGUCGCCGGAGAGCUCCAGCUGGAUCCAGUGGAUUUUCGGACAACCCACCUAAUGUUCCACACCAUCACCAAAUGCUUGAUGUCCAGGGACCGGUUCCUGAAAAUGAGAGCGAUGGAGAUCCUGGGGAACCUGAGCAAGGCGGAGGACAACGGCGUGCUGAUCUGCGAGUACGUGGACCAGGACUCGUACCGCGAGGUGAUCAGCCUGCUCACGCUGCCCGACGUCAUGCUCCUCAUCUCCUCGCUGGAGGUGCUCUACCAGCUCACCGAGCUCGGCGAGGUCACCUGCUCAAAGAUCUCCUCCGUGGAGAGGAGUAUAGACCUGCUUGUACGGCUAGUGUCCAUUGAUCUGCACACGUUUGGCCCCGACGCGCUGACCGCGGUCAAGCUGAUCGAGCACCAGGCGUCCAGCAGCCAGGUGGCAGAGGUGCGGCCGCAGCUCGUCGAGCACGUCGCUCCCCCCAUGCAGGGCCCACCUGGACCAGCACCAAGAGUCCCUGUUCAGUCGACUCCUCCUCCUGGUAUCGUGGAGCUAGAUGGGGAGAAGUUCACUCUGCAGUGGCUGAAUGCUCACUUUGAAGUGAACAUGGAGGGCUCGGUCUCGAGGUCCGAGAUGUACUCGGAGUACCUGGCCACCUGCAGCAAGAUGGCCCGCAGCGGGAUCCUCACCUCCACUGGCUUCUACAAGUGCUUGAGGACGAUCUUCCCUAAUCACGCGAUCAAACGCAUGGACGACGGCAAGAUGAAUACCCAGGCGCAGAUCCACGUGGUUGGCAUUCGGAGGCGAUCCAUCCCCCUCCCCAUCCAGCUCUACUACCAGCAGCAGCCCAGCCCUGUGGCCGUGACCAAGCACGAGGCCCCUUCAGAACACCCACAGGCGCCCCCUACAGGCCUCCACCCUGGCAUGGGUGGGCAGUUUGUGCGGGCGCCAGUGCCCAGCCUUACCGCCAGCCAGGCAGCACCGCAGUUGGCCUACGCCGUGCAGGCCGCGCCACACUCGCACCCGCCACCAGCCGUGGCCGUUCCUCCCCCCCCACGCUUCCCGCCCGCCAACCCCUCCCCGCGGCCCGGCGACAUCGUCAAGACGGCCAUGAUCCAGAGCUCCAUCCCCAUGGCGUCCGUGCCCCCCGGCAUGGCCAACCACAGCGGGCUCCCCGCGCCCAUGGCCUCCCAGCAGCCCCCGCAGCAGCUGCUGCACCACGCCCCCGUCACGCUCUUCCAGCAGGGCCCGCAGCAGGCCCACGUCUUCACGGGACGGGUCCAGGGCGUGGUUCCCCCGGGACCGGGCCAGCAGCAGCGUCUCCCGCCGCCCGGCGGAGCCUCCUCCCAGGAGUCGGUGGUCCUGGCCUCGCCGCCGCAGUUCGUCAGCUCGGCCUCCAUCGUCGCCGGCGGCCAGGUGUUCACGGUGGCCGGCGUCCAGAACGCGCAGGGCUCCCGCGUCACCUUCCAGAACAUCGCCCCGAAGCCUGCACCCAACCAGCAGCAGCAGCAGCUCCCUCAGCAACAACAACAACAACAACAACAACAGCAACAGCAGCAGCAGAACGUGGUCAUCGUCAGCCCCAACCCGCAGCCCAACCCAGCGUUCGCCCCGGCCAUCCACCAGAUCGUGCUGACCAACCCCUCGGGCCUGCCCACGGCGCAGACCAUCCAGCUGGCCGGGCAGCCGUCCAGCGCCUCCUCCUCCGCCCCUCCGGCCUCCUCACACUGCCCCCCGACCUCCAGCCCGCUGCCCCAGGUCAUGGGCUCGCUCUCGCCCUCGGCCCAGGGCCCCCCUCCCACGGUCAGCCAGAUGCUCUCCGUCAAGCGCCAGCAGCAGCAGCAGCACCUCCAGACGUACAUCCCCCCGCCGCCUCCACCUCCCGGCCAGCCUACCUCCACGGAGUCCAGCCUGAUCAAACAGUUACUGCUUCCAAAGCGCGGGCCCUCCACCCCCGGGGGGAAGCUCAUCCUCCCCGCCCCGCAGGUCCCUGCUCCCAGCAGCACGCGGGCGCCCAGUCCGCAGGUGGUCUACCAGGUCUCCAGCAGCAGCAGCAGCAGCAGCAGUGGCGGGCAGAGCAUGCCGCAGACUCAGCAGCAGCCGCAGCAGCCGCAGCAGCUGAACGUGCAGCUGGUCCAAAGCCCUCUGGCGUCGUCCGGCGGCGUCCAGACGGUGCCCAUCUCCAACCUGCAGCUCCUGCCCGGCCAGCAGCUCAUCUCCACCAGCACCGCCGCCCCGGCCGCCCUCCUGCAAGGGACGCCCGCCAACCAGGUCACGUUCACGGUAGUGCCAAACGCGGGCUUCCCCGCCACCACCGGGGUGGCCCAGGGCGUGCCGUCGCCGCUGACCACGCAGACGGGCCUGCCGGUCAGCGGGACCCCGCCUCCUCCGCCCAGCUCGGGGGGGCCGCCGCCGCUCCGCGCCGACAAGAUCAUCUGCCAAAAGGAGGAGGAGGCCAAAGACGCCACGGGGCUGCACGUGCACGAGCGCAAGAUCGAGGUGGUGGAGAACUCCUCGCUGGGCGGCGAGGGCGCCGCGGCCAGCAACGGGGACGCGGCCGAGCCCCAGGGGAGCCCCGGAGGAGCCAAGCUGCUCAACGGGAGGAAGUGCGCCGCCGACUCCAGUCUACCUCCGUACCACUCAGGGAACAGCCAGCUGACCGGCGCUCAGGUCACCCAGGCUCUCAACGGCCCCGCCACGGAGGCCGCCGACAACAACAACGCCGCCGCCGGCGGCACCGGGAAGCUGAGCCCCCCCGCCGGGCCGACCCCGGACGCCCGCAAGCUCCUGGUCAACGGGGUCUGCGAUUUCGACCGGGGGGACCUGGGCAAAAACAUUCCAAAUCACAAAGCUUCCAAACACGUGGGGAACGGGGAGGUGUCCGGCCCGGACUCUCUUCCUCCACCUCAGCAGGACACUGCCAAAGCAGAGCCGGCGGGGCGCGUGGCCAACGGGCCCAGGAGCGCGGUCCGCACCGCCGACAUCUCCAACGGGCCCUCGGGCCAGAACUAUGACGCCCCCUCCCCCCACCUGCGACUCCAGCAGCAGCAGCAGCAGCAGCCCCAUCACCACCACCACCACCACCACUCGCCCCCCAUCCUGCCGCCCCACGGGCCGGAGGGCCAGUCCCAGCCACAGCCACAGCCACAGCCAGCAAACGGAGCUAACGAGAGCCGGGCGCUCAAGCGGCCGGCGGACGACGGGGAGCGAGGGCCCCAGUCCGGCAUCCCCAGCAAGGUGGGCGUGCGGAUCGUCACCAUCAGCGACCCCAACAACGCCGGCCACAGCGCCACCAUGGUGGCCGUACCGGCCGGGGCCGACCCAAGCACAGUAGCAAAAGUAGCAAUAGAGAACGCAGCGCAGCAGAAGCCCAGUCUGCCCUCCACGCAGCACGAGACGCCCCCUCAGCAGUCGGUGUCGGCAGCUAUGCCCGCGGCCCCCGCGGUGCCCCAACCCCUGCAGGGCAGCAGUGCCAGUCCCAGCCCGUCUCUGGAAGGCAAGCAGGCCACAGCGGUACCCCAGGAGCAGGUCCGGAAACCUGGCCAGAACUUCAAGUGUCUCUGGCAGUCCUGUAAACGGUGGUUUGAGACACCAUCUCAGGUGUUCUACCAUGCCGCCACUCUGCAUGGCGGGAAGGAGGUGUACCCUGGGCAGUGCCUCUGGGAAGGCUGCGAACCCUUCCCACGGCAAAGACUAUCUUUCAUCACUCACUUACAGGACAAGCACUGCUCGAGGGACGCUCUAAUCGCUGGCCUGAAACUGGAGGAGCAGAGGCAAGGCGGCAAUCAGAACACUUCCAAGUCUCCACCAGUGGCUGCCAGCAGUCCGACCCCACGAGCACAGAAAGCUAUCGUCAAUCACCCGAGUGCCGCCCUCAUGGCACUGCGCAGGGGGUCACGGAACCUGGUCUUCAGGGACUUUACUGAUGACAAAGAGGGACCAAUGACCAAACACAUACGACUAACUGCUGCCUUAACAUUAAAGAACGUCGCAAAGCAUUCAGACGAUGGGCGAAGGUUGGUAAAACGACAUGAGUGCCACCUGUCGGUCCUGGCGCUAAGCAACAUGGAGGUCUCCACGACGCUUGCCAAAUGCCUUUACGAACUGACUCACACCCUACAGGCUUGAGCCAAGCUGAAUUCCCAAAAAAAAUGUAAGGAAAAAAAAAAAAGAGGAAAACCACACUUCCCAUACUGCUGGCGAACAAGUCUAUCGUGGUGGCCAUGUGGGGCAGAGCUUCCCAGGCCCCCGUCCUCCCCCCUUCCAUUUCAGUUCUCAGUUUGCUUGGACCACCCCUACAAUCACACCCAUCUCUUCCCUCCCUCCUGCCCACCCCCACAAAAACAAACAAAAACAAAACAGAAAAGGAGAGAGAAAAAAAAAAAGAAAAAAAAAAACACAAACUGCCAUGGGGUCUUCCACCAGCCACUCAGAAACCAGCCACCUGCUCCUCACUCUCCAAUCAAGCCACCUUUCUACUCCCUGUCUCCAGAUACGAGCACAUUUUUUCUAAUCCUGGAUGAGUGGCGGCCCAGUUAAGGUUCUGGCUCUGGCGUGGG